AUUCUCUCUAUCCACAACGCCCCACCCGGUUAAUACAUUCAUGCUUCGUGUUUAUCCCGGUAUCCCAUAAAUCGUCAUCAAAUCAGCCAAUCGCCAUGAUAAACUUGGCAUUGGUUAUAUUCCUCUGUACCCUUCUCAACCAGAUUGUAUCAUGGGUUGGGAAAUCCGUGCUCCAAGAGAUCGCUUUUACGGCGUAUUCCUGGGUAUUCCUUUCGGGUACUGCCGCAAAACAAAGAAAACUGCGUAAGCAAGUUCUUGAAGAUAAGGCGGAAUUGGGUAGGACAAGCUCUCAAGAUGAGUUUGCCAAAUGGGCCAAAUUGAGGAGAAAGCUCGACAAGGGCUUGGCCGAUCUUGAGAAGACCAACAACACCCUCUCUUCAUCUCGCUCCUCAUUCUCGAAGAAAUUCAGCACCCUUCUUUGGCUUAUGACAACUGGGGCCCAAUUCCUUCUCUCGUGGUGGUUCCGCAAGCAACCCAUCUUCUGGCUUCCCGAAGGAUGGGUACCUUACCCUGUUGCGUGGCUCCUCAGUUUCCCUAGUGCUCCUAUUGGCUCUGUAAGCUCUGGUGCCUGGGGUGCUAUCUGUAGGCGUGUCUUGAGCACCUUGCAAGAAAUCAUACAAAGUUUAUUGGCUCCUUCUCCUGCGGCCACAGGGCCUGUUCCCACAGGCCCUUCUUCUGCUAAGAAUGACCAACCAGAAGCUAAAAUUGAAGCCUUGGCAUUAGAGCAUGAAAAACUGGAUUAGAUAAAGGAACGUGAAAUGCAUUUAAUUGGGUAACGAUCGUCAUGGAGUUGGAAGUGACUGGACUGGGGUAAAGAUCGUCAUGGAGUCGAGAGUGGCCAGUCUAUGGUAAAGAUCGUCAUAAAGUUGGAAAUGACCAGACUGAUAUCCCUUAUAACAAUAGUGCGUUCGCCUAUGCGCAUGUAAUGGUU